AAUGUUUCAAUUACAUUUUUACUCUGCUAGUUACUAAGAGUGAUUGUGAUGCCACAAGGCUUCAUUGGCUGGCCUGCUCUGUUCAAGAUGAGGAAUGGAUCUUCCAAAAACAGUCCCAAAUUCACCGGAGUGGCCAUUCUCUUUCAUCAACAAGGUUCUCAGCGAGAGACCCGCAUCACCUCCUCCCCACAAAGAGUUUUAAAAGGUGAAACACACUUUUUGGUCAUUUUUCAUGCAUGUGUAUCUCUAUACACCGGCACAAAAGACUAGAGAUAAAACGAAUGUUGGUGGCAUGGCUUUUGAGUGUGUUCAAAAUUAUGGUAAAAAAGUCUUUGGCAUUGU